AUAACAGCAUGGGCACCAUCAAUCAGGAUGCCCUGGACAAAUUAAAAUUUGUAGGGGAAAUCACGGAAUUAAUCAAGGUGAGAACUGGCAGCAUUCCGGACGAGCAAGCAACAUUUUCCACAUACUUCCCCAUCUUUGUUUGGGCAGUGAGAGAUUUUAAUCUGGAACUGGAGAUUAAUGGGCAGAUGGUCACAGAGGAUGAUUACCUGGAGAACGCCUUAAAGCUUAAAACACCUGAGAGGUCACCUGACGAUAAGGAGUAUAAUGAGCUGAGGAAUCGUCUCCGGAUGUAUUUCGGGAAACGGAGAUGCUUUGUGUUUGAUGCCCCAGCUGACUCCAGAAAACAGCUUAAGGAUUUGGAACAUUUACCCGAUGAUAGACUGAAUGAGGAUUUUGUGCAUCAGAGCGCCCGUUUCUGUGACUACAUUUUCAAGAACGCCGAGGUUAAGAGAGUGGACAUCACAGUUGAUGUCACUGGACACAGACUGGGUGAGCUGACAAAACUUUACACUGAAGCUAUAAACUCCAAUGUUGUCUGCUUGGAGGAGGCGGUGGUUUCCUUGGCUGAGAAAGAGAACAAAAUUGCCAUUCAGGAAGCAAGUGAGCAUUAUGAGAACAAGAUGAGGACAGUUGUGAUGCCCACUGAAACACUCCAACAAUUCCUGGAUCUGAGCAGUCGGUUUGAAGAUGAAGCUCGGAAGAUAUUCCUGAAAAGAUCAAUUAAGGAUAAAGAUAAGAAAUUCCUUAAAGAACUUAUGGAUGACCAGUUAGAUGUGACAGCCCGGAACACUUUAUGCCAAAGCUUGUCUUUCUGGAUGCAGUCACUGAAAACCUUGCAGGAGAGGAUUAACUCGUCCAAGCUUACAUGCUACUGCAGAGAUGCAGAGCCUCAAGUGCAGUCAGAUCAUAAAAAUGUAACAAAGAAGAGAUUGGAUUUUAUCUUUGCAAAUGAGACGAAGUCUCGGGAGGUGUGCGCGGCUCUUAUUAAGAAACAUUCUGCAGACUUCGAGAGAGCUUUGGCUGAAGGACAAUUCAGCAUACUUGGAGGACAUGCAAAGUUCCUGCAGAGCUUAAAAGCCCUAAAACAAGAAUAUAUUAGGGAAGAAAGAAAAGGUGUGAAGGCUGAAGAGGUGCUCCAGGAAUACUUGAUAUCCAGACAAGCUGCUGAAAUAAUAAUCAUACAAGAGGACAAUGCUCUGACACAGAAACAGAAGGAAGAGGAAGAGAUACUCAAUAGAAAACAAAUGGAGGAAAUAAAAGAAAGGCUUGCACAACUGGAAGAGGAGGAGAAGAAUCAGAAGUCAUCUGAAGAGAUGGCCAACCUUAUGAAGACUGUUGAACAGUUACAGGAGAUGUUAGUGGAAGAGAGAAGAAUUAUGAAUGAGAAGCUGGAACAAGUCGUCAAGGAGAAGGAAAUGGAACGGAAUUUGUACCAAAUGCAGGAGCAUAGGGAGCAAGCUGAGAAGUACGAUGAACACAUCAGAGAGCUUCAGAGUUUACUCACCUCUGCCAAUACUGAGCAAUUCAAUGCUACCCCUAUAGUCCACCCAGCCUCAGGUAUGCUCCUGUAUCUCUUGGACCGUCUCCCUCCCUGUGGAAAUGGAACUCUGUCCAUCACAGUUUGCUCAAACCCUGAACCUGUCCAAAGUCCCAGCCACCUACUGAUCCUAAUGAGUUUCUCUCUCAAAGACUUGAUGAACAGGAAGCUGAUGAAGUCCAGGUGA